CUGCGGUGUCGGGCUUGCCGAAGGUCGCAGUCUUCAGCGGCUCCGCAGUCAUUUUGCAGACAAGCUGAUCAACCGCGACUACAAACUGACAUUGUAGAAACUGGGGACACCCCAUCGCCAACAGAAUGACUGACGACGAGCCUUUGCCCAAGAAGGUCUGUCUCAGUGAAUCAGAUUUUAAGAAUAUGACUCGUGAAGAAAUCUUUGAAAGGUGGAAGCAGGAGGAAGCCUUUAUUGAAGUGCUAGAGAGAAAAUAUUCCCAGUUGAAUUCAAAUGAUGUCACCAACCUUAGGGAAUCGGAGGAGAAACUGAAGCAGCAAACACAGGAGGCAGCUCGGAGGGAGAACAUCCUUGUUAUGAGGCUUGCCACCAAGGAGCAGGAAAUGCAGGAAUGCUCUACCCAGAUUCAGUACCUCAAGCAAGUUCAACAGCCAGGUUUGGCCCAGCUGAGGUCAUCCAUGGUGGAUCCUGCUGUCAACCUGUUUUUCCUCAAAAUGAAGCGUGAACUGGAUGAGAGUAAAGACAAACUGGACCAGGCCAAAAAUGAACUCAGUGCUUGGAAGUUUACACCUGAUAGUCAGACAGGGAAGAAGCUGAUGGCCAAGUGUCGGAUGCUGAUCCAAGAGAACCAGGAACUGGGCCGGCAGCUGUCCCAGGGGCGCAUCGCCCAACUGGAGGCUGAACUGGCAUUGCAGAAGAAGUAUAACGGAGAGCUCAAGAGCAGCCAGGAUGAGCUCAACGAUUUCAUCAUUCAGCUGGAUGAGGAGGUGGAGGGCAUGCAGAGCACCAUCCUGGUUCUCCAGCAGCAACUUAGGGAGGCCCGUCAGCAGCUGGUCCAGGCUCAGAGCGCUGCAGUGGGCUCGGCAGUCCCAAGUCAGACGGAGCAUGCCCACAACAAGGAUUCUGGAGAUGGAGUGACCAAUGGGCCCAGAAACACCAGCCCUAUUCACAGGACAGCAACAGAACCCUCUGGGGAGAUGAGCAACAGCAGCACAGGGCAGCAUGCUGAACCGUCCCCCUCCCCUAGCACAGAAAGAAAACUCUCCAACUAUAAUCACUUGGGGAAUGUGAACCAGCUUAGCCAGGCUUAUGAGACAGUUGACUCCCCAACUGGUAGUGAAACCUCCCUCACACAACAUUCCACUGGCACAGACUCAAACCAAGACUUGCAAGAAGAUCAGGAAGAUGGAAUGCCUACAGGAAAUGUAGUAGGACUACAAAUGCACAACAUGCUCAGAAUGGCUUGAAUGUUAAAUUACAGGGACCCUAUGAAUCUUAGGAUCUCUAUAUAUUUGGACAUGAACUUCUAGGUUGAAAUAAUUGGGGAGGCAGCAUUCUCAGUUAUAGAAAAGGUGUUUCCAUGUCAAUAAUGAUAUAACCAACCAACCACAGAUCAAAAAUAAGUGCUGCAGCCUUUUAUUUUUCUCUAUGAUUUUGAUUAAAGCGAUAUGUGGAGUUGGUGGAUUCUCGACCAACUUAAAAUAAAUUUAACGUUGGACUUCUUUGGCCAUGGUAGUUGUAUUGUGUUAAUUAGCCAUUUUCUGUCACAGCAUUUCGGUGUUAUGUGUUGGAGGUUGGGUCAAUGAAACAAGGAGUCAAUACCUAGGUUUAACAUGGAAACCAAAAAUCUGACUUCCAGCGUAAUAUGACCUAGAAUUGAUAUUUUCAUUUGUUUUUUUAUUCCUGAUGGGGAGGGGGGAUAUAUAUAUAUAUAUAUAUAUAAAAAAUUUUAACUUUUGA